CGAGGGAGCCGGGAGAACACCGGGAUCUUUAUAGUCCGGAGUUCUGCUGCACGGAAACGCCCCAUUCUGCGCGAAUGGUGCUACCAGUCACAGGUUAGCUGCAACAGGUCCUGUCCAGGUCCAGAUGCGUGGCAGACAGUUUCUCACCAAUGCGGUGGCAGAUCUCAGUCUCCAGUGAACAUCGUGACGAGGAAAACGGUCAAAGACGAGCGCCUUACCCCGCUUCAGUUUGACGGCUACCAGGAGGCGUUUAACUUCCACCUCAGAAACAACGGUCACACUGUUCAGCUGGACUUACCCCCUGGUGUUGGGGUCAGUGGAGGACACUUGGAUGCAAAUUACAAAGCCAUUCAGCUCCAUCUGCACUGGGGCAAGAACGGCUCAGCUGGAUCCGAACACACGAUUGAUGGAGAGCAGUUUCCCAUGGAGAUGCACAUUGUCCACAUCAAAGAAGAUUACAACUCUUUGUCCCAGGCUGUGAAGGACCCCACUGGAAUUGCAGUUCUUGGAUUUUUCUUUCAGGAGUCUCUGUCAGAGAAUAAGAAGUACACUCCCCUAGUUGAUGCUCUGAAGCAGAUCAUUAAACCCUCCAGUAACGCAUCGGUGUCAGGGGUCUCCUUGGAAAUGCUUAUUCCCCCUCAGAGCAGCUUGACGAAAUACUUCAGGUACAGCGGCUCCCUCACAACACCCGACUGCGCUGAAGCCGUCGUCUGGACGCUGUUUGAAAGCACCGUUCCUCUGAGCAGGACUCAGCUCUCUGCAUUCUGGCAGCUUCAGUUUCCCGAAGGGACAGAAAUGAUUCAGACCUACCGGCCAGCGCAGCCUUUGAACGACAGGUCUGUGUUCUACUCUACAGGAAACGCUUCCCUGGUCAGCUGGGCGCUGCUGCUCAUGUCGGUGCUGCUUUCCACACUCUGACCAACAAAAGCUUUGUUUGACGCAGACUCUGUUGGGAAAUGUGGUGAAUGUUUGACUGUCAAAAUUAUUUAGAGAAACUGAACAGAUUAUAUGUUAAGGCUAAAAGCUUCUUGCCUCAUGCUUCUCGUCGUUUAUUUUGUUUAAAUAUUUACUGACAUUAUCAGAAAUCAGAUUGUGGUUGUAAAGUUACAUCAUUAUUUAAGUUUCAAAGAUUACGGUAAUUUAUUUCAAAAGUAUCUGAUUUUUUUUUGUGUGCCUCUAAGCAAAUAUUUUGUCUGUCGAG